AUGGGGGCCACGGAGGACGGCCGGGCGGACCUGAAAACAGCGCUGCGGCUGUGCGACUCCGUGGCCCUGGAUGGCGCUGAUGACGUGGACGAGCUCAGGGACUGGCUGGGCUUCCCCUACCCCAGCGGCUACAUGCUCAACGGCAACGGCGAGCUGCCCGCCUUCCCCAUGCGCGUCGCGUGCGAGGCGCUCGUCGGGCCGCCGCCCAGCGGAGCAAACGGCGGCGACUUAGAGCUGCUGUCAGCCCUGGCUGACGCCGUGGGUGUAUUCUACAACUACACAAAGGAGCUCGAGUGCUUCGACCCCGGGUUCGGCCCCAACCCGGAGACCGACGAGGACGGGAACUUCUGGGACUAUCAGUGGUGGGGGCGCGGCGCCUGA